CUCCAGAACUUUCGAUUCCACUCCCUAUAAAACGCCAUCCCCCUUGUCCGAAUCCGCCGUUUUCGAAAUCCCCGGUAGUAGCAGACCAGCAAAUUUCUAUUCUGUUCACAUUUCACUCUCCACCAGCAUUCCGAUUUUGUUUGGAGCUUUUCUCAAAUGGACUGAAUAUCUUUCUUUCCGUCUCUUUGUGCUCUUACUGCUAUCCACUUUGCUUAUUCAUCAAGAAAGAGAAGAUAGACGGCCAUGGAAGGAGUGACUGUUAAGGAAGAGGAAGUAACGGUGGUCGGCACUGCUCCAUCGUCGUCGUCGGCUUUGCCGCCGCAACCCAUGGAGGGUUUGCACGACGCGGGUCCUCCUCCAUUCUUGACGAAGACCUACGAUAUGGUCGAGGACCCGGCAACCGACUCAAUUGUCUCCUGGAGCAAAGCCCGCAAUAGCUUCAUUGUUUGGGAUUCCCACAAAUUCUCGACCAAUCUCCUUCCCAGAUAUUUCAAGCACAGUAACUACUCGAGCUUCAUUCGUCAGCUCAACACAUAUGGUUUCAGAAAAGUUGAUCCGGAUCGAUGGGAGUUUGCAAAUGAAGGGUUUCUGGGAGGGCAGAGGCAUUUGUUAAAGAACAUCAAGAGAAGAAGACACGCCUCCCAGGCUCAGCACAUGCAACAACAAGGAGCAGCAGCUUGGGUCGAGUUGGGGUGCUAUGGUUUGGAAGACGAAAUCGACAGGCUGAAGAGGGAUCGACACCUUUUAAUGGUGGAAAUUGUCAAACUGAGACAGCAGCAGCAAGCAUCCAGAGAUCAACUCAUUGGGAUGGAGGAACGGCUGCAAGGUACAGAGAGGAAGCAACAGCAAAUGAUGGCUUUCCUUGCUAGAGCUCUGAGGAACCCUGCUUUCCUGCAACAACUCAUCCAGAGGAACGAGCUAAAGAAAGAACUGGGAAGCGGCGAAAUUGGGCGGAAACGGAGAUUGCCCGCCAGUCGGAGCAUAGAUAAUUUGCCGGCGGAGGAGAUUGCAGCGUCACCCGUAGAGACGGCCCAGUUCGUGGGGUACCGGAACCAAGCGCAGGAGGAAGUGCCAACAAUAGAAUCAGAUAUAGAGACAUUGUUCUCUGUUGCCGUAGACAACGAAACGACGAAUAGUCCUGUUCAGCACCAGAAAGCUGAUGUGAUCCCCUCCACAAGUGAACCAGAUUUGACAACUGUUGUCGGUGACAUAGCCUGGGAGGAAUUACUGAACGAUGACCUCAUUACGGGUGAUGGGGAUGAAGAAGUUCAAAUGGGGGAUCAAUCGGAAAUUGAUAUCCAGGUGGAGGAUUUGAUCAUGAAACCACCCGAUUGGGGAGAAAAUGUACAGGACCUGGUUGAGCAAAUGGGUUAUCUGGGGUCCAACAAACCGUAAUUGGAAGGAAAAUGGCAUCAUUGAUACAGGAUCGGCUGGUUGUUGAAUCUGCAUCCACUGUAUUGUUUAUUGUUAUGGGUAUGGUAGUAAUGCGCAGUUCACCUUAGUGUUUUUAAGCGUCUGUGCUUGUGCUGCGUAUCCUCCGUCCUGUAACAGUACUACUACUAACCACGUACACAGGUCUUAUGUAUAGCAGGGAAGGGUCUGAAGAUGCAGAGGUGCUGACAAGAAAGACAGUUAUCUGUUUUUGUUUUUGUAUAAAUAUUUUAUUGUCUAUAUAUACUUUCUGGGUCAUUUCAUUCAUUC